AUGAUUCGAUGUCAUAGUAGAAGUCGUAGUCGAAGUAGAGAGAAGUAAUUAAGACCUUAGGAGAGAUGUUAAGAUAAUUUGUAAUAAAUAAAGAAGGUAUUUAUGGAUGUAAGUAUAAAUGUAAAAUAAAAAUAAGGGUAGACCAAAUACAAAUGCAGAGGAUGUUAAAAGGUAUCGUUAAACAAAUCGAAUAUUUAUAAAAUCAUCUCAUUCUUUUGUUCCUGA